CCAGAUUAUAAACAAAAGGAAAAGGGCACUUUCGAGUGGUAUUGAAUGUUGUUGGGUGGGUUUUGCUUAAUUGAUUCACAAGAGGCAAACCAGAUGCGGACAACUUGGCAGCUUGCUCAACAUCACUGAACCGCGCCUGGUGGUCACAUGUUGAGUUGACAGGAAGGAAAUCAUAUGAUCAACAUGGAAGAGCUGCUCUGAGUACUGUGUGUGUGAACCCUGCUAAAAAGAGAAUUACCCGUGGUGUGAAAGAAUUCCUCCCCUGCAUUGUAGGCGUGCGAAAGAUGCGGAGGGCUAGCAGUGCAGACUGAGUGACUCCGUCUCUGGGUUCACAUCGGCCACUUCACCGUCCUUUUAGAUUCUGCUGGCGGGUCUACGUUGCUGCUGGGAAAGGCUGCAGACAGAAGGGGAAGCAUGAUGAUAGAGUCGGUGCAAUAAAUCCAGAGCCGUCAGGCUCUUCCUUCCCUGCAAGGGCUGGUCUGCCUGUGUUGUUGCUGCUGCCGCCCCCCCUCCCCCGGGCUGUGGGAGGUUCCUCCACCCCUCCACCAUGGUAGACUUCUUGGCAGAGAACAAUCUCUGCGGGCAGGCAAUUCUCAGGAUCGUAUCCCGCGGUAACGCCAUCAUAGCAGAACUUUUGAGACUGUCCGAGUUUAUCCCGACCGUUUACAGACUCCGAGACAAGGCGGAACAGCAGAAGUAUGGAGACAUCAUCUGCGACUUCAGUUACUUCAAGGGUGCUGAGUAUUAUGAAGGCAAGUUGGAAGCUAAGCCAGAGCUUCAGGAUUUGGAUGAAGAAUUUCGUGAAAAUCACAUUGAAAUAUUGACGAGAUUUUACCUUGCCUUUGAAAGUGUUCACAAAUACAUAGUUGAUCUGAACAGAUUUCUUGAUGAUCUAAAUGAAGGCGUGUAUAUUCAGCAAACCCUUGAAACAGUACUUCUAAAUGAAGAUGGAAAGCAACUACUUUGUGAAGCUUUAUACUUGUACGGAGUUAUGCUGCUGGUUAUUGACCUCAAGAUUGAAGGAGAAGUUAGAGAAAGGAUGCUGGUUUCCUACUACAGAUACAGUGCUGCUCGUUCUUCCUCUGAUUCCAAUCUGGAUGAUAUUUGCAAGCUGCUUCGUAGCACUGGGUAUUCACCUGUGGCAGGGGCAAAGAGGCCCCCAAGUUAUCCAGAGAGCUAUUUUCAGAGAGUGCCAAUUAGCAGCACAUUCAUCUCGAUGGUAGUUGGUCGACUACGAUCAGAUGAUAUUUACAAUCAGGUCUCAGCGUAUCCACUGCCAGAACAUCGUAGCACAGCCCUUGCUACACAGGCUGCCAUGCUUUAUGUUAUCCUCUAUUUUGAACCAUCCAUUCUUCAUACACAACAAGCCAAGAUGAGGGAGAUAGUGGAUAAAUACUUUCCAGACAACUGGGUGAUCAGCAUUUACAUGGGGAUCACAGUCAAUCUGAUUGAGGCCUGGGAACCGUAUAAAGCUGCAAAAACAGCCCUGAACUAUACAUUGGAGCAACUGAACAUCAAAGAGCAGUCAAGUCGAUAUGGAGCGAGUGUUGAGAAGCUACGACGGCAGGUGCAGCAGUUUCUGAAAGAAGGCUUCUUGAGGGAAGAAUUUGUACUGGAUCACAUCCCUAAACUAUUAAACUGCCUGCGUGACUGUAAUGUGACAAUUCGAUGGCUGAUGCUUCACACUGCAGAAAUGGUGUAUGAUCCAAACAACAAGCGCUUGCGUCAGAUUAAGGACCAGGUUUUUAGCGACUCGAAAUACAAUCCCAAAACACUUUUUCAGCUUUUGCUGGACAGUGCUCAGUUUGAGUUUGUUUUGAAGGAGAUGUUUAAGCAAAUGCUGUCAGAAAAGCAAGCCAAAUGGGAAAGUUAUCAGAAAGAGGGCUCCGAGAGAAUGACUGAACUUGCUGAGGUGUUCUCUGGAGUAAAGCCUCUCACCAGAGUGGAAAAAAAUGAAAAUUUACAAGCCUGGUUUAGGGAGAUUUCAAAGCAAAUUUCUUCCUUGAAUUAUGAAGACUCAACAGCAGCCGGGAGGAAGACUGUUCAGUUAAUCCAGGCUUUGGAAGAGGUCCAAGAGUUCCACCAACUUGAAUCGAAUUUGCAGAUCUGCCAGUUCCUGGCCGACACUCGUAAAUUUCUCCAUCAGAUGAUUCGCACCAUAAACAUUAAAGAAGAGGUCCUCAUUAGCAUGCAGAUUAUAGGCGACUUGUCAUAUGCCUGGCAGCUUAUUGACAGCUACACAUCUAUCAUGCAAGAAGGUAUACGAGUCAGCCCUUUCAUGGUAACCAAACUUAAGGCAACAUUUUUAAAGUUGGCAUCAGCCCUUGAUCUUCCACUGAUGAGAAUUAAUCAGGCCAAUAGUCCAGACCUUCUGAGCGUGUCCCAGUAUUAUUCUGGAGAGCUGGUGGCCUAUGUUAGAAAGGUUUUGCAGAUUAUUCCAGAAAGUAUGUUCACAUCCUUAGCAAAAAUUAUCAAGCUACAAACACACAGCAUUAUGGAAGUGCCAACUCGAUUGGAUAAAGACAAGCUGAAGGACUAUUCCCAGCUUGUUGCAAGAUAUGAGGUUGCAAGACUUACUCAUGCAAUAUCAAUUUUCACUGAAGGCAUUCUCAUGAUGAAGACUACCCUUGUUGGCAUCAUCAAGGUGGAUCCUAAGCAGUUGCUGGAAGAUGGUAUCAGGAAGGAAUUGGUCAGAAGGGUUGCCUUUGCCCUUCACAAAGGGCUGAUUUUUAACCCAAAAGCCAAGACUAGUGAACUGAUGCCCAAACUGAAAGAGAUGGCUGCCACUAUGGAUGGAUUUUACCGUUCUUUUGAAUACAUACAAGAUUAUGUCAGCAUUUAUGGGCUGAAGAUAUGGCAGGAAGAAGUGUCUCGAAUAAUCAACUACAAUGUGGAACAAGAGUGCAAUAAUUUCUUGAGGACAAAGAUUUUAGACUGGCAGAGCAUGUACCAGUCCACCCAUAUUCCCAUUCCCAAAUUUCAACCGGUCGAUGAAUCUGUGACAUUUAUUGGUCGACUCUGCAGAGAAAUCCUAAGAAUCACUGACCCCAAAGUGACCUGCUACAUUGACCAAAUAAACACAUGGUAUGACAUGAAGACUCACCAGGAAGUGACCAACAAACAGCUCUUCUCUGAAAUCCAGAAUUCCUUGGGUACUUUUGGGCUGAAUGGUCUGGAUAGACUGCUUUGUUUCAUGAUUGUUAAAGAGAUCCAGAUUUUCCUGGGUAUGCUUCAAAGAAAUGUGCUACGGGAUAAGGCUAUAAUGGACACGAUUAAACCCUUUCAGAUUCAUUUAAAUCCAGUGAAAGGAAUCGUAGCAAAUUCCAGCAAAGUAUAUUCUGCUGCAGUGCAGAAAACCCAGAAGAUCUGGUCAUCAUACCAAGAUUCCAUUCUAAAGGUGGGACAGAUGCAAAUAUUGAGACAGCAGAUUGCCAAUGAACUGAGCUAUUCGUGCAAGUUUGACUCAAAACACCUCGCAGCAGCAUUGGAGAAUCUCAAUCAAUCUCUGUUGGCUGAUGUUGAAGCACACUAUCAGGAUCCUACAUUACCAUACCCUAAAGAUGAUAACACGCUACUUUAUGAAAUCACAGCUUACAUGGAGGCUGCUGGCAUUCACAACCCUCUUAAUAAGAUCUACAUUACCACAAAAAGACUGCCGUAUUUUCCAGUGGUGAAUUUUCUGUUUCUGAUUUCUCAGUUGCCAAAAGUGCAAUAUAUUAAGAACCAAGGCAUGGUGUGUAAGAAGUCCACGGAUCCCACAGAUUGGCCACCUCUGGUUGUUGGACUUGUCACUCUGUUGAAGCAAUUCCACUCACGUUACACAGAGCAUUUUCUGGCCUUAAUUGGCCAGUUUGUUCGCUCCAUAGUGGAGCAAUGCACUACUAGUCAGAAAAUCCCAGAAAUGCCUGCUGAUGCUGUGGCUGCCUUGAUGUUCUUGGAGAAUUAUGUUUAUUACACAAAAUUACCCAGAAAGGUUGUGGAAGCACAUGUCCCUAGUUUCAUCUUUGAUGAGUUCAGAACAAUUUUAUAAUGGUGUCUGAGACAAAGAAAGUAGUCUGCAAUGAUGUGAAGCAGUGUAUGUACUAAUACCUGUUAAAUACUGGAAUCCUUGGUUAAGCUGAAUACGUCUGUCUCAACCAGAAUGAAACAUGAAAAGGAUGAAUUCAGAAUUUUACUGAAAAAGAAAGCUGUGUGAAUGCAAAGAAGAAUUUACAUUUUGCAUUAACUCAGUAAUAUCAAUGCUGAACCCCUUUUUCCUCCAAACAAAAAUAUAGCUCAGUUAUGUAUAAUCUAAAUUUUGAUUCAAGUAAAUUGUAAAAAAAAGUUACUUGAACUAUUAAGAAACAAAAUUUAAUGACUAAUGUAUUGCAUUUUGAGUGAGCCAUAAAUUAUUAAUUGUUUAAACCUUUGCAAUUUGCAUUUCUUUAAAAACUGGAACUUCAAGUUAUGUCGAAUGGAUUGCCUUUGGAAGGAUGAUGGUUGCUCUUAUAAAAUGAAAACAUUUUUACAUUAGAUAUGAAGGCAAUUUUUGACUGUACAGCUGACUAUUAAAAGUUCUUUCUGAU